AUGAAGAGAAUAUUUUUAUAAUAUGCUUUGAUUAUAUAAUUGAAGUGCUUGAAAUAAGGGGUUGGACUGUUAAAGUCAGGUGGGGCUGGACAAGAAACAAUAGAAGGAAAUUCAAUAGAAAGCCACCUUUAACGGCUAGUUUUGUGAGUGUCCCUUCCCGCCUUGCAGUGCCGGAGUGGCGUGUCGUAUGUGUUGUGCCGUGUCGAAUCUAGUUGAAAAAAUGGGACAUGUUAAUAUGAUCAGUUCAUGGGGUUCCCAUGUUUCAAUUGCUCAAAAUUCUGACAAGUUUAUUCCAAAGUCGCAAUCUUUGAAACAAAGUAGAGAAACCCUUUUAAUUAAUUUCAAUUCAGCAAGAAGAUCAAGGAAGUUUCAGAAGAUUGGAGUUGGGAUUCCCAGCUGCUGCAAAAGAAGUGAAUUGGUUGAUUUUGAAGAGAGAACAAGCGCAAAUGAGGUCAAAAAGGAGAUUAUACAGUGUUACGAACUAAUUCACAGGCUAGGGAGGGGAGUUAUCUAUAUUGGCUCUGCAAGACCAGGAGCAAAUCAUCCACAUUAUAGCCAAUCACUUGAGCUUAGUAGAGAGAUUGCAAAUCUAUUGAAUUGCACUACAUGGACAGGAGCUGGUCCAGGACUAAUGGAUGCAGCUAUUGAAGGUGCGCUGCAAGCUGGGAAGCCUGUUGGUGGAUUUAAAAUCGAGAAAGAAGCUGGUCAAUGGUCUUCAACAGGCUCUCAUCCUUACCUUCCUGCUGAUACAUAUCUUACUUGCAGGUUUUUCUCAGCUAGGAAACAUGGUUUUGUGGAUGCUGCAGUAAGAAAUAGUCCCCAAGACCGAACAGCUGUAAUUGCUCUUCCUGGUGGGAUUGGAACUCUUGAUGAGAUGUUUGAGAUCCUAGCGCUUAUUCAGCUGCAGCGAAUAGGAUCUCAACUUCCAGUUCCAUUCCUACUCAUGAAUUAUGAUUCAUACUAUUCUAAGCUCCUGGAUUUCUUCAAUGACUGUGAACACUGGGGAAAUCUCGCAAAGGGAGAGGUUGAAUCACUUUGGAAAGUGUGUAGUAACAAUGAAGAAGCUCUAACCUAUUUAGCAAGAUUCUACAGUCUUCCUCUCAUCAAUGAAGAGUUAAAGAACACGAAACAAUAGUUCCUUUAGACAUGUAACUUGUUGAAGAUUAUUUGAUCAAAAUAAAUUUGUAGCAUUUGGCUUAAAUUUUGUGAUGUUUACCCAAAACAGGAAGAAUUUAAUCUUGUUCAUG